UCCCGCCUGCCCUCCCCAAGGUCCGGGGGACCGGAGGCGGUGCCGAGCCUGGGUGGGGGGCGGGCCCCUGGCGGCGCCGGCUCUCGUCGGAGCCAGACUUUUGCUCCCGGGCUGGGUUUGCAUCAUCCCCAUCACACCCUCAGGAGAGACGCGCCGGCCCCCUCGCCAGCCGCAGCUUCCGGCUCCGAGCCGACCCCCUCCCUGCCCUCCUCGGCCCGGUCCUCCGCAGUCUCGGCGCCCGCUGCCCCCCACGCUCUGAGGCAGGAUGGUCGAUCUGGAGAGCGAGGUGCCCCCCCUGCCUCCGAGGUACCGCUUUCGCGACUUGCUGCUCGGGGACCAGGGAUGGCAGCACGACGACAGGGUACAAGUUGAAUUCUAUAUGAAUGAAAACACAUUUAAAGAGAGACUAAAGCUGUUUUUCAUUAAAAACCAGAGAUCAAGUCUAAGGAUACGCCUAUUCAAUUUUUCUCUCAAAUUAUUAAGCUGCUUAUUGUACAUAAUUCGAGUACUACUAGAAAACCCUUCACAAGGAAAUGAAUGGUCUCAUAUCUUUUGGGUGAACAGAAGUCUACCUUUAUGGGGUUUACAGGUUUCAGUGGCAUUGAUAAGCCUAUUUGAAACAAUACUUCUCGGUUAUCUCAGUUAUAAGGGAAACAUCUGGGAACAGAUAUUACGAAUACCCUUCAUCUUGGAAAUAAUUAACGCAGUUCCCUUCAUUAUCUCAAUAUUCUGGCCUUCCUUAAGGAAUCUAUUUGUCCCAGUCUUUCUUAACUGUUGGCUUGCCAAGCAUGCCUUGGAAAAUAUGAUUAAUGAUCUACACAGAGCAAUUCAGCGUACACAGUCUGCAAUGUUUAAUCAAGUUUUGAUUUUAAUAUCUACAUUAUUAUGCCUUAUCUUCACUUGCAUUUGUGGAAUCCAACAUUUGGAACGAAUUGGAAAGAAGCUGAAUCUCUUUGACUCUCUUUAUUUCUGCAUUGUGACAUUUUCUACUGUGGGCUUUGGUGAUGUCACUCCUGAAACAUGGUCUUCCAAGCUUUUUGUCGUUGCUAUGAUUUGUGUGGCUCUUGUGGUUCUCCCCAUACAGUUUGAACAACUGGCCUAUUUGUGGAUGGAGAGACAAAAGUCAGGUGGGAACUAUAGCCGACAUAGAGCUCAAACUGAAAAGCAUGUUGUUCUGUGCGUCAGCUCCUUGAAGAUUGACUUACUUAUGGACUUUUUAAAUGAAUUCUAUGCCCACCCAAGACUACAGGAUUAUUAUGUGGUGAUUUUGUGUCCUACUGAAAUGGAUGUGCAAGUUCGAAGGGUACUACAGAUUCCAAUGUGGUCCCAACGAGUUAUCUACCUUCAAGGUUCAGCCCUUAAAGACCAGGACCUCUUGAGGGCAAAGAUGGAUGAUGCUGAGGCCUGUUUUAUUUUGAGUAGUCGCUGUGAAGUGGACAGGACAUCAUCUGAUCACCAAACAAUUUUAAGAGCUUGGGCUGUAAAAGAUUUUGCUCCAAAUUGCCCUUUGUAUGUGCAGAUCUUAAAGCCUGAAAAUAAAUUUCAUAUCAAGUUUGCUGAUCAUGUUGUUUGUGAAGAAGAGUUUAAAUACGCCAUGUUAGCUUUAAACUGUAUAUGCCCAGCAACAUCUACACUUAUUACACUACUGGUUCAUACCUCUAGAGGGCAGGAAGGCCAGCAGUCGCCAGAACAGUGGCAGAAGAUGUACGGCAGGUGCUCUGGGAAUGAAGUCUACCAUAUUGUUCUGGAAGAAAGCACAUUUUUUGCGGAAUAUGAAGGAAAGAGUUUUACAUAUGCCUCUUUUCAUGCUCACAAAAAGUUUGGUGUUUGCUUGAUUGGUGUCAGGAGGGAGGAUAAUAAAAACAUUUUGCUGAAUCCAGGCCCUCGCUACAUUAUGAAUGCUACGGACAUCUGUUUUUAUAUUAAUAUUACCAAAGAAGAGAAUUCAGCCUUUAAGAACCAAGACCAGCAGAGAAAAAGCAAUGUAUCAAGGUCAUUUUACCAUGGACCUUCCAGAUUACCUGUACAUAGCAUAAUUGCCAGCAUGGGUACUGUGGCUAUAGACUUGCAAGACACUAGCUGUAGAUCAGCAAGUGGCCCUACCUUGACUCUUCCUGUAGAGGGAAGUAAAGAAGUAAGAAGACCUAGCAUUGCUCCUGUUUUAGAGGUUGCAGAUACAUCAUCAAUUCAAACAUGUGAUCUUCUAAGUGACCAAUCAGAAGAUGAAAAUACACCAGAUGAAGAAAUUUCCUCGAACUUGGAGUAUGCUAAAGGCUACCCGCCGUACUCUCCCUACAUAGGAAGCUCACCCACUUUUUGUCAUCUCCUUCAGGAAAAAGUGCCAUUUUGCUGCUUAAGAUUAGACAAGAGUUGCCAACAUAACUACUAUGAGGACGCAAAAGCCUAUGGAUUCAAAAAUAAGCUAAUUAUAGUUGCAGCUGAAACAGCUGGAAAUGGAUUGUAUAAUUUUAUUGUUCCUCUCAGGGCAUAUUAUAGACCAAAGAAAGAACUUAAUCCCAUAGUACUGCUAUUGGAUAACCCCCUAGAUGAUUUACUCAGGUGUGGAGUGACCUUUGCUGCCAACAUGGUGGUUGUGGACAAAGAGAGCACCAUGAGUGCAGAGGAGGACUACAUGGCAGACGCCAAGACCAUCGUCAACGUGCAGACUCUUUUCAGGUUGUUUUCCAGUCUCAGUAUUAUCACAGAACUCACUCACCCUGCCAACAUGAGAUUCAUGCAAUUCAGAGCCAAAGACUGUUACUCUCUUGCUCUUUCAAAACUGGAAAAGAAAGAACGGGAGAGAGGGUCUAAUUUGGCUUUUAUGUUUCGACUACCUUUUGCUGCUGGAAGGGUAUUUAGCAUCAGUAUGUUGGACACACUUCUGUAUCAGUCAUUUGUGAAGGAUUAUAUGAUUUCUAUCACCAGACUUCUUUUGGGACUUGAUACAAUACCAGGAUCUGGAUUUCUUUGUUCUAUGAAAAUCACUGAGGAUGACUUAUGGAUCAGAACAUAUGCCAGGCUUUAUCAGAAGUUGUGUUCUUCUACUGGAGAUGUUCCCAUUGGAAUCUACAGGACUGAAUCUCAGAAGCUCACUACAUCUGAGUCUCGAGAAAUAGCAUCCCAAUCUCAGAUCUCUAUCAGUGUAGAAGAGUGGGAGGACACCAAGGACUCCAGAGAGCCGGGGCACCAUCGCAGUAACCACCGCAACUCCACGUCCAGUGACCAGUCGGACCACCCUCUGCUGCGCAGAAAGAGCAUGCAGUGGGCCCGAAGACUGAGCCGAAAAGGCCCAAAGCACUCUGGUAAAACCGCUGAAAAAAUAACCCAGCAGCGACUGAACCUCUACAGGAGGUCAGAAAGACAAGAGCUUGCUGAACUUGUGAAAAAUAGAAUGAAACACUUGGGUCUUUCUACAGUGGGAUAUGAUGAAAUGAAUGAUCAUCAAAGUACCCUCUCCUACAUCCUCAUUAAUCCAUCUCCAGAUACCAGGCUAGAGCUGAAUGAUGUUGUAUACUUAAUCCGGCCAGAUCCACUGUCCUACCUUCCAAACAGCGAACCCAGUCGAAAAAACAGCAUCUGCAAUGCUACUGGACAAGACUCACGAGAGGAAACUCAACUUUGAUAAAAAGAAAACAGGAAGCUUACUUUAUUCUGCAAGGAUCUUGCUUGAAAUAACAAAAGUGAAAGGAACCAGACUGGAAUAUGUUACAUUCUCUCAUAUUUAAAAAUAAAAUCUAUUCUCUUACUAUUCUAUAUCAUUUUAAAACUUAAUAUACUAUUUAUUGGUUCUUCCUCUAUUAAUAUUUAAAAGAUAAAAAUGGAAUGAUUUUUGAAGACCUAUAUUAAAAUACUAAAAUAAAAAUUUUAUAUGUAAUUGUUCAACAGUAAUUCAAACUGUAUGAAGUCAAUUUUAAAAAUUAUUAAAGUCUUAUGAAAGUAAACUAAAAAUCUUAAUUAUAUUUGGUGUGUCACAAUGAGCAUAGAAGAGCAUUGCUCCUCUUAUAAUUUAAAUGGUCAGAUUAAAUUUAAAUUUGCGGUUUUACAAAAUUGAGCUCAUCAUAAAUGUCUAAUCUUCUCCACUAAGAAAUUCGUAUGGCUGACUUUUAUGUAAGAAUCAUGGUUUUAAAGUAUAAAACCUUAAAUCAUUUCAACCUUUUUUUUUGUCCUGCCUUUUCAUAAGCUAUCAUAUCCACCUUAGUAUUCAAGAUGCUCAUAGCAUGUUUUAUUACACAGAUGAAACAAAAAUAUAAACAAAAAGAAAUAAUAAGGACCUGAGCUUUUUGAUAAUUUGUGUCUAUCACACUGUUUAUACCAAGAAAAGUAUACUAAAAACAAAUAUCUAGUGUUUUAAAAGAGUGCCUAGCAUAUAGAAAAUAUGUAAUACAUAUUUGUCUACUUAAAUUAAAUCCAAUAAUUGAAAUGUUAACUGGAUUUCUUGAGCCACACAGUAAUGAUUUUCAUUAGUCUCUUGAGCUUUAACAUUUUUCAUACAACUAUAUAGUAAAUUUCAUUAAAAAUACUGUAAAAUGGAAAGAAGAAAAUUUAUUCUUUUUAUGGACUUUAAGGCCACUUAAAACAUUAAAAGUCUCCUUAUGUCUUUGAUAUUAAAAUAAUCACCUUGAAAAUAUGUCAAAUAUUUGAAAAAUAUUGUGAGGAAAAUACAUAACAUUAAAAUAAGUGAUUCUUGUCACGUAAGUUAAAAUGAAUGAUGCAGUAUAAUUUGACAAUUAUAAAUUUAAAUAUAUAUUGCAUCUUGGUGACUACAAAUGCUUUUAUCUAUAUUUAUCUAUAUGCCCCUACAGAAAUGGACCAAAAUGCCAAGAUAAUGUCCACGUGGUUGACCAGCUAGUUGAAGUGAGUUACUGUGUUUCCAUUGGAGAAACACUGAUAGGUUUUUAUUUUUCUUCUAAGGUUUUAUUUUUGUUUAUUUGUUUACUUGACAUUGAGUUUUAAGUCACCAAAAAAUAGAAACCAUACUAAUAGAAAGGGACAUUUUGCCCCAUCUUUUAAUAAUGAAACAGAUAAAUGGAAAAUUGGAAAACAUUUUUUAAAGGAUAGACAGCCUAAUGUUCCCCCAAUAAUUCUACAGAGAUAAAAAUCUGAAAUCAAAGACUUUAGCCAUCGUAUAAUUUGACUUAGAGAAAAUGAAAUCUUUUUUUUUAGUAUUUUACAUUUUCCAAAUUUUAUAACAGUAAGAACAUCAAGAAUUUUCCUAAGAAAGAGAGCUUAUCUUUCCAUCUUCUUUGAUGAGAUAGACAGAGGCAGACUUUAUUAAAACAGUUUAUUUAAAAUUGGGAGCAUGCCUUAAAACUUAAAUAUUAUAUGCAUAUAUAUGUCUGUGUUUUAAACAUGAAAUAAAUUUGACAAACACACAUAUUCACAUAUAGAUUGUUGACAUUGAAGGCAGAAUUGAACUAAUACAUGUAACAGAAGUAAUUAGCAAAUUUGCUUCAUAUUUGCACAUCAAUGGUAAGUAUGAUGUUUUUUGAGUUGACUUUUUUAAUUUCAUUAAGUUAUUUUUAGGAAUAAAUAUAAGAUUUUACAAAUAUAUUUCCCCACAAGAUCUGAAGUUUAGUAUUUUUGCAUUAUGACAGUUGUUAAGACUAGGGUUUUAAGCUAGGAUAUGAUUAUAUUUCCUAUAAAACUAAAAACUUUGUUUCAUAAAUUUAAAAAUAAUUAUUUUUGAUUAUGAAUAUUAGUCCAAAUUUAAUAUUUGACACUUCAUAUCAGCCUGCUGUAAUAAUAGCUUGUUAGUCUUUCUGUUAUUUAAAGAAUAAAAACAUGCUUAUAAGACUUUUACCAAACUGUUGCCUUUUUAAAACAAUUAUACUUGCACAUGAAAAUAAAACAUAAAGUCAAAAGUAGCUCUUGUAUCACUUUGAGAAUUGGUUUUGUUUAUUGUCUGUGUACAUU